AUGACAACGUCACUGCUCCUCCGUCCUCGCUGGGUCGACCCGUCGGUGAUGUUCCUCUACGACAACGGCGGAGGUUCCGAUGAAGUCAAGAACAUGGAGGGUUUUGCUGGUGGCAACUUUGCUGCGAACCAGUGCAGGAAUCUGAUGGCGCACCCCGCGUCCCUGGCACCCAGCACGGCUUACUCGUCCAGCGAGGUGCCCACCUCCAGCAUGGGAGAGCCAGUGAAGCAGUGCAGUCCCUGCUCCGCGGCGCAGAACUCCUCCAGUGCGUCUCUGCCUUAUGGGUACUUCGGCAGCGGCUAUUAUCCGUGCAGAAUGUCGCAUCACAGCAGCAUUAAGUCGUGCGGAGCGCAGCCCCCGUCUGCGUAUGGAGAGAAGUACAUGGACACGUCCGCGUCCAGCGACGACUUCACCUCCAGGGCAAAGGAAUUCGCGUUUUAUCCGACCUACUCUUCAGGGCCCUACCAACCUGUCCCCAGCUACCUGGACGUCCCCGUCGUGCCAACUCUCAGCCAGUCUGAGGCCAGACACGAGUCCCUUCUACCCAUGGAGACCUACCAACCGUGGACUCUGGCCGCCAAUGGCUGGAACGGCCAGGUUUACUGCGCCAAGGAGCAGCCCCAGCCCGGCCACAUGUGGAAGUCCUCCAUACCAGACUCGGUGUCCCACACCGGAGGGGAGUCUGGCUCCUACCGACGGGGAAGAAAGAAGCGCGUGCCAUACACCAAGGUGCAACUGAAGGAGCUCGAGCGCGAGUACGCCGCCAAUAAAUUUAUCACCAAGGACAAAAGGAGGAGGAUAUCUGCCCAGACCAACCUGUCCGAGAGGCAGGUCACGAUAUGGUUUCAGAACAGACGAGUGAAGGAGAAGAAAGUCGUCAACAAAUUGAAACCAAUCAGCUAG